AUCGCUGCAGGCUCCGAGGGAGCAGGCUCCUGCAUGAAGUGAUGCUCCCCUUUGCCUUGCUCGUAGCCGUGGGGAUCCCACUGGUGGCAGCCAAUGUCAGCGUGAGUCCUCAUUGGACCUAUAGUUUGAAAUGCCAUGACUGUGCGGCCAUAAACGACUUCAAUUGUCCCAACAUUAGAGUAUGUCCGUAUGAUAUUAGGCGCUGUAUGACAAUCUCCAUUCGCAUAAACCCUCGUGAACUACUUGUUUAUAAGAACUGUACAAACAACUGCACAUUUGUAUAUCCAGCUGAACAGGUUCCUGAAGCCCCAAGAAAACAGAGCAAAGUGAAUAGCUUCUAUUGGGUUCGUUGUUGUAGUUCCAUGUCUUGCAAUGCAGGAGGACCUACUAAUCUUGAAAGGGACAUGAUACCUGAUGUAACAAUUGAAGAGGAGCUUCCAGAAGGAACUGUGCGGUUGGGGGAGUCAAAACUAUUCCUGAGCUUUGCCUCUAUCAUAGUCAGCAGUAUACUGUCAUGAGGACCCCUCCUUGGAGAGUCUGACCAUCUUCACCCAUUCCACAGAGAAAUGUUGCUCUCCAUUAUUCCAUUGUAAGCCAGGGACACUUAUGCACUGCUCCUAUAGGUGGCCCAUUUAUGGUUUGUUGUAAGAGAAAAAUAAAGAAAAUUAUUGUUUAGUGG